ACUCAAUCACAAUGUGAUGGAAAAGCGAUUACAUCACAAAUCAUCGCUUCAAACACUCCGACGGUUGCAUUAACCAACAGUCAAACUACACAAAAUAUGGGUUCAUCAAAUGAAGCAUCCAACGAUUUAUACAAUAACGAUGGUGAUAAUCGUACAAUAAUCAUGGACGAACUUGAGAACACCGACCUCACCGAUACUAUACAAGAUUUAUAUACUACCACAACUAAUGGCAAACGCAUUUCCACCGCUAAUUCUACUUCAGCCGCUAAGGCGAAAAAAGCACGAAUGAACCUAGUUCAGUCUCCAGGAUUCGUAGAAAUCUCAUCUUCAGCAAAUCGUAAAAUUAUGUGGUAUUACAGCAAAAAUACCGACAAUGUUCAAAACUAUAAUACAUUUCUUCAAUCGCUUAAAAUCAGCCUCGUUCAAUUAUUAAAAACUCGCGUUCAAAAUGAUAAUUCAAUAAAAUUCAAUUUAAAACUAGAAUCGACGUAUAAUCGACCGAACGUUGAAAAUUCAUCGGAAAAUCGAGCAUUUAAAACAUCAGCCAAAGAAAUUUAUACGGAUACAAAAAUCGAAAGAAUAGUUGAAGAAUCUUUUAUGAAAUUAUUAUCCGAGGAAGACGCUUAUGUUUCUCGCGGUAGCGGGUUUACAUUACAGUCCAUCGAUGGUUUACUAAUAGCCAUUUAUAAGUAUACACCAAUGUCUGGUUCAUCAUAUAUACAAUUACCGAAAUCUAUUAUGAACAAACGCGCUAUAAUCAAUCCUCAAAAUAUAGACCAGCAGUGCCUUAAAUGGGCUAUAUUAGCGAGACACGUUGCAGGUGAUAAAAAAAACAAAAAUCGUGUUAAUGAAAAUUAUACCAAGCAUGAAGAUAAAUACAUUUUCGAUGGUAUUUCUUUUCCCACACCACUGUCAGAUAUUUCCAAAUUUGAAAAAAAUAAUCCAGACGUUUCUGUGAAUGUUUACGGGCUUGAGAAAAAAAUACAACAACCAUUAAAACAUCCCGUGCACUGUAUAUUUCCUCUGAAAGUAGCUGAUACCUAAUGAAAAACAAGAUCAUUUUGAUUUACUACUGCUAACAGAUGGGGAUAACAGUCAUUACACAUAUAUAUCAAAUUUUUGAAGAUUACUUCGCUCGCAAAAAACUCAUCAUGAAAGUCAUGCAAUAUUUUGCAAAAGAUGUUUUACAUCAUUUCACAAACAAAAUUUAAAGUAUAAAUUAAGCGGACAGACAGCGCUAGAACACCAUAGGCUAAUAUGUGGGCCACAUAAACCCAUACUGCCUGAAAUGCCUGCAGAGGGAGCAGUUCUUGAAUUUAACGCAUGGCAAAAUGCACAGAGGCAUCCUAUAGUUAUAUAUGCCGAUUUCGAAGCUCUUCUUGUAAAGACCGAUGAGGAAAAAGGGGCUAAUACGAUAAUCAUGCAGAAACACCGUCCUAUGAGUUAUGGAUUUAUAGUUAAGGCGUCUGAAAACGUGCCAUUAGAGCUACUAAAACAAUUCGGGAUACCGACCGAACCCAUAAUUUACCGUGGUAGCGAGAACAAGCAAGAUGUCGCAAAGCAUUUCAUGGAGA